UCAGACCCCGGGGCGAGUAGGCAGCUCCGCCGUUCACGGUGCCAAUUGGCUGCUCUCCUCUCCGUAGCUGCUCCCUCCUCCUGCAUGUUGUGGCCCUACACAGCCCCACGCGCACGUUAUGUGGCACGAGUGUGCGCGAUGCUGCUGGAGCCCAAAGUCCCCUCGGUCCGUAGCGCAGUCUCUUAUCGGAAUGUUUGAAGAUUAACGAGGUUAUCCGUGUCCUGUAGACCACAAGCUACUGCCAGCUGCAGGCGAGGAAGCCGACAGAGCAGAGCGAGCGGGCAGCGUGUCGAAGGCGGACCGACAGGACGGAAGUCACCGCGGUAGCUGCAUCAGACAACGGCACAUCACGGGACCAUGACCGAGAAACGGAUGUCGCGGUGGUAUUUCGGUGGGCUGGCGUCAUGCGGUGCUGCCUGCUGCACGCAUCCUCUGGACCUGCUGAAGGUACACCUGCAGACACAGCAGGAGGUGAAGAAGAGGAUGGUUGGGAUGGCCAUUCAUGUGGUGAGGAGUGAUGGUGUGCUGGCUCUUUACAAUGGCCUCUCUGCCUCCCUCUGCAGACAGAUGUCCUAUUCCCUCACCAGAUUUGCCAUCUAUGAGACAGUGAGGGACAUGAUGGGGAGCACAAGCCAGGGCCCCAUGCCCUUUUACCAGAAGGUCCUGCUGGGAGCUUUCGGAGGUUUCACUGGUGGGUUUGUUGGCACGCCAGCUGACAUGGUGAAUGUCAGGAUGCAGAAUGACAUGAAACUACCACCAGAACAGAGGAGAAACUACAAACAUGCCGUUGAUGGGCUCUUUAGAGUCUUCAGAGAAGAGGGUGUGAGGAAACUGUUCUCAGGAGCCACCAUGGCCUCCAGCAGAGGAGCGAUGGUCACUGUGGGACAGCUGGCGUGUUACGACCAGGCCAAGCAGCUCGUGCUGGGAACAGGCAUGAUGGGAGAUAACAUAUUCACACACUUUCUCUCCAGCUUUAUUGCUGGAGGCUGUGCUACAUUCUUGUGUCAACCUCUGGAUGUACUAAAGACGAGGCUGAUGAACUCAAAGGGAGAGUACACAGGGGUGAUCCAUUGCUUAAGAGAAACUGCCAAGCUCGGUCCGCUGGCUUUUUACAAGGGUCUCGUCCCCGCAGGGAUCCGCUUGGUUCCUCACACAGUGCUCACCUUCAUCUUCCUUGAGCAGCUCAAGAAAAACUUCGGCAUACGCAUCAUCUCCUGAGAAUGCUGUUCAAUUCCCCCCCUCCGACACUGCCACCACACUUCACCCUGUCAUGACUCUACUUUUGGCAUUUACAAGAAAACAAGGGAAGAAAGGGACUCAUGUACAGUGUAUUAUGGACCUGUACAUGUUUUCCUUCUCCUUUUUCUUCUACCUCUAUCUCACGGCUAGUAAUGAUAUUGAUUAUUUUGAGCACAGACUUUUAUCAGGCAAUUUAUUCUAUCAGCAUAGAUUAUCAAUAUGAUGUUAAGAAAGAGCAUGCUUCAUAUAAAAGUGCUUCAAAUUGGAUGUUUAGGAAGGGGACUGUCCAUUGUUUCAACGUCCCAAAAUUCCAAAUCCCCAUUAGUCUGAAAAAUGUCCCAGUGGACAGAAAGCCCAUUUCUUCGACAGCCCGUUAUCCCACAAACAGAUGCCCAUUGCUCCGAAGUCUCGUUUGUCUGAAAUGACACACUCCCUGUAGUAAAACAACCCAAUUGCCAGAAAAAGUUUUCAUUGUAUGUUUAUGUAAAUCACAGAUAUUUGUGAACAACACUGUGGAUAUUGUGGACAUCGGUUUUGGUGCAAAAACCAUGUGGAUAUGGUUUGGAAAGGAUCAUGUUUUGGCUCAAUAUACCCACAUUUGAUGGCACAAAAGUUGCUGGAAAAGCAAGGACGGAUUGAUGAUCAACACCAUGAAUCAGUCGCUCACGCUGCUGAGAAACACAGCGAAGACUUGGUAAAAACAUGGGAUUGGUGGCUCAAACACCGCUGGGAAAUGUGGCGAAGGACUGAUAAAAACACCCAGGCUCAGUGGCUCAAAUGUAGCUUGGAAACACUGCAAAGGGUUUGUAAAAACAUUUGGGAUUGGUCGUUCAAACAUUGCUGGAAAACUGAAAACUGUCUGCGGGGAGUGUGUAUUUUUGGGGAAACUGGAUUUUGGAGCCAUUGGCAUUUUGCGGAUAACAGGCUGUCGUAGAAAAGGAUUUCAGUCCAAUGGGACAUUUUUCGGACUAAUUGGGCUUCGGAAUUUGGUGCCAAAACAAUGGCAUGGCACCCAUUGGAAUGACCUGCCAAAUAUAGAGAGAGGAUUAAAGUUAGCUGUAGCGGAUAGUUAUUGUAGUUGUCCAGUGUAAUUUCAGGUGGGGUUGGUUACGUGACCGGCUGAGACUAAUUGAGAUUAAGUGUUCAUUUUUGAGCAAUUGAUCUGUCAUGUUGACAGACCAAAUGCUGACUUUAAACUUUAUCUAAUUCCAGGUCAGAUUUUGUGAUCUAUGUUUUAUUUUCAGCAAUACUUUAAACCCGUUUCUCCAGUGGUGUGCAGCAGCACCUUCAGAGCUCACACCAGUGUGUAACCAUCAAGGCCCAAAAAGUUAGUGCCAGGAAUGUGUUUCCUAUUAGUCCUCUGCAAGACGUGUCACAUUAGGCCAGAACAGAGUUUGUGAUAUAACAGGAGUGCAAAAUGCAAACAAACACAGCGUAGCCUUGUCAUCAGUGCCAUUCUUCCCAAUCUAUACCAUUUCCUAGAAGCCAUUGCUAAAACAUGACUGAACACAACUGUUAUGUAAUUACACAGUAAUCAUUCCCAACAGCGGUGACCAAAUGUGAUGCACCCUGGAUUUAACAGUUCGUUUGUUUGCUUUUUCUUCAUGACGUUGAUGUUUUAUGACUGGAAAUCAACCACUUGCAGGUUAACAUGUGGUUAACUUUGACCCGAUUCUCCUUUAAUUCAUUCCUCUGCCAUCGUGUCACUCUCAAAUCUCUCAAAGGAGAAGGGGACCAAGUUUUGUCUCGUGUUUUUAAGUAAGAAAAUGAGUUUAUGGGCAGGCUGCUGAAACCACGAUGAAGAUGGCUCUUUUUAGUUCUAGUUCUUCUAGUCUCAGUGAAAUUCUGUGUGACCACUUGAUCUCUUAAAAGUUCUUACUGUUAGAACAGAGAUGCCUGUAGAGAACUGCUGGAUUGUACAAGUGUACAUGUAGCAUUUCUGUCCGUAUUGUUACUGUUUCUUUUAGGACACAGGAUGCUACUCUGUUUCAUGAGGCACUUUAUUUCCUGGACUCAUACUGACUAACCUGCUGCGUAGAAACACACAUGCUGCAUACUGUAACAUGUUCUGAAAGUAAAAAUGUUUCCAGAUAUUUUGAAUUUACAAUGUUAAUGGUUCCAGUUGAGGUCAACUUGUUGUGUGUUUCGUGACUCUUGACAGUUGUUGGUUCAGCGACAUAAUACAUAAUACUCUAUGUGUUGUGCCUGCUCUCAUGACUGAGACCUUGUCAAGUUAUGUUGCCUUACAAUAUAUGUCCUCCAGGGGGCAGUAUAGUAAUGUGUGAGUGAUACAGACGCCGUCUCUUUGGCAUCCUGUGGAGCCCAGGACCUUCAUUCAAGAAUGCAUAUAAAGAAUAGUAGCCAGAUAACCACUGUAGAUCUGCAUGUUGUAAUGCUCUAGUGUCCCUCAACAAUGUGAGGUACUGUAGAUCAGCCAUACUGAGUAAUGUAAACCCCAGCUUUAUUUAAAAUGCACAGGAAUGAAUCUGGAGGGACCCACAGUUCUGAGAGUUGUGAAUUUAUAUUUUGUAGAUUACUAACUAAUGAAUUUUGGAAUUAAAAUACUAAUGGAAAAUAUG